AUGCAUCAUGUACUCUCUGGUGAAAGAGAAACUCCAGUUGAAGGGAGUCCAGCUGACUUUGUUAAUCUUUAUUGUGAUGCUUGGAAUGAUGAUCCAAAUUUACGUCCUGAUAUAACUGCAAUUCUUAUUGAGUUAGAUUGCAUAAGAUUGUCUGAAAAUUUGAAAUAUUACAAAGGAUACCUUCUUGACAUGCGAUGA